GGAGGGAGCGAUCUCAGGCGCCCCUCCCAGUCAGCAAGGUUGCGUGUGCCCCUUGCGACCGCCAAGAUGGUGGUGGGCGCGUUCCCUAUGGCGAAGCUGCUAUACUUGGGCAUCCGGCAGGUCAGCAAGCCGCUUGCCAACCGCAUUAAGGAGGCCGCCCGCCGAAGCGAGUUCUUCAAGACCUAUAUCUGCCUCCCGCCGGCUCAGCUGUACCACUGGGUGGAGAUGCGGACCAAGAUGCGCAUCAUGGGCUUCCGGGGCGCGGUCAUUAAGCCACUGAACGAGGAGGCGGCCGCCGAGCUGGGCGCUGAGCUGCUGGGCGAGGCCACCAUCUUCAUCGUGGGCGGCAGCUGCCUGGUGCUGGAGUACUGGCGCCACCAGGCGCAGCAGCGGCGCAAGGAGGAGGAGCAGCGCGCCGCCUGGGACACGAUGCGGGCCGAGGUGGGCCACCUGGCGCUGGCGCUCGAGGCCCUGCAGGCGCAGGUGCAGGCGGCGCCGUCGCCGGGCGCCCUGGAGGAGCUGCAGGCGGAGAUGCGAGAGGUGCGCACCCAGCUGCGCGCCGGGGACCCGCCGUCCACCCCCGGGGCCGCGUCCACGUCCCAGGCAGUGUCCUCACCCAAGAAGUAGGAACUUGCUGAAGCCUGAACUUGGGCGCGGCCUUGUGUGCCCUGAUGUGGCCUUCUCCCUGCGUUACCCUUGCCUGUGCUGGCCCAGGGGAAACCACCAGGGUGUGGAUGGAUGGAACUUGGCUUAGGUCACCCUGCUGCUGACCCGUGAUAUUUUCCUACUGUGACCAGUGGCCGGCAGGUGAAGCGUUACAACGCGGCCUCUCCGGCCUCUGACUCAGGUGGUGCAGUCCAGUGCUCACCCCUCCCACCCGCUCCAAACCGCGCCAACCCCAGGCCCAGCCAGCAGGACAGCAGGCUCACUCCUCUGACAGAAGACCUGGAACCGGACUUGAGCCAGAUCAACCUGCCAGCCCCCCGUUUACGGUGAUCAGUAUUAUAUUUCCCUGGGACGCUCAUCCUAGACAUCAGAAUGCCUCCUUCCCGUUGUCAGGUGGCACCAGCCAUUGUGAGGGAAUGCAGGGUCGUUCAAUGCACUUCUGCCUCCCUCACCUUCUAAGGCGGGCUCUCUGGGCACCACUCCUCUCUUUGAGGGGAAAACACAGGGGAUCUUGGCUUACAGUUGAUCGGUCAAAUAUUAUCUUUCCCCUUAACCUGAUCCAUGGUCUCUUCCCCCAAGACACUCAAAUGGGAUUUUCCAACAGAACCAACCGCCACCCCCUUCCUUUGGUCUAGGGCACAACCCACUGGAAUGGCUGUGCAGGGUCUUCCAGCAGUGCCCUACCAUUCCCUCUUCUGGUGGAAAAUUGGGUCCUGCCAGUGGCUAGUCUGGCCUGUCUUUGCAGCCUCAGCCCUCUGGUUACCUGUCCUCAGAGUCCCAGGCCUUUGCUGCCUUCCCACCGUCUUCUUCAGUGGCGUCACUCAGGGGACUGCCCUGGGUUAGAUGACCACAUCCCCGAGUCCAUCAGAUCUGUAGAUCUCUGUGCUCUUGCCCUCCUCUCAUGGGGCUCUGGUCCAGCAGCCCCUGUUCACGCAGCGUUACCCUCCUGCCUCCAAUCCCCAAGUCCCACCUCCAUCCCACUGGGCUUAGCUUAGCUACCAGUUGGGUCUUACCUUUGUUAUUAGUUUUCAGGACUGCCAUAACAAAUUACCACAAACUCGGUAGCUUAAAGCAACAGGAGUUUAGGGACUUCCCUAGUGGUCCAGGGAUGAAGGCUCUGUGCUUCUAGUGCAGGGGACGCAGGUUCAGUCCCUGGUUGGGGAACUAAGAUCCCACAUGCUGCAGGGCGGCCAAAACAAACCAAAAAAACCCCACAAAACCCCACAACUACACGAGUUGUGGAGGUCAGAGAUCUGAAACUAGGGUGUUCACAGAUCUCCCUCCCUCCACAGGCUCUAGGGGAGGACGCUUUCUUGCCUCUUCAGCUUCUGUGGCCUCAGGCAUCCCUUGGCUUGUUGGCCACAUGUCCCCAGCCUCUGCCUCCAUCUUCCCAUGGCCUUCUCUUCCUCCCUGUCUCUUGUGAAGACUCCUGUCAUUGGAUUUAGGGCUCACCCUAAAUCAAGGAUGAUUUCACGUCACGAUCCUUGACUUAAUUACAUCAAAGACUCUUUGCAAAUAAACUCCCAUAACUUCCUGGGUGAGGCAGCCCAGGAGUCCUUUGGAACUCCUGCCAACCCCGUGGGACAUUUGGGGAAGCACAAGGGUGAGAGGAACAGUCCAGGAACCAUCCUUCACAACGUGGCUUCUCUUCCAAGACUCACCUCUGAAGCGGGAGGGGUCUGGGUCCCACCAGUCAGCAUUCUGUCUUUCAGGCUGUUGCUGUUAUUUAGUCGCUAAGUCAUAUCCAACUCUUGCGACCCCAUGGACUGUAGCCUACCAGGCUCCUCUGUCCAUGGGCUUUUCCAGGCAAGAAUACCGGAAUGGGUUGCCAUUUCCUUCUCCAGGGAAUCCUCCUGACCCAGGGAUCAAACCUGUGUCUCCUGCAUUGGCAGGCGGAUUCUUUACUACUGAGCCACCUGGGAAGCCCCUUUCAGGCUGUAGAUGUUGCUUGCUUAAAGGAGCCCUGGAGUGAGAAAGUCAGCUGAAGGAUGUGUUUGAGAAUCAUGAGCUGAUCUCCAAAACGGGUACAAGGCUUAUUAAAAUUAGGAGAGAAGCAAGAAGAAAGAUGAGAGGGAGGUGGACUACUUGGGGAGGGGGCAGAGAUCUCUACACAGUAGCGAAAGGAGGGGGUGCAAUUCUCUAUCAGAACAGCCCCCCAUUACACUCAGGAUCUUAGCAUUUGCCAAAUGAGGUGAGACCCAUUCCAUAUCUGUUUCCCAGCAGCUGUAGGUGGAGUGGGAGGGGCCAGCUUUCUCUCCCUUCCUCCCUCACCUCCCUUCCCCAGGGGAGUGAAAACCAUGUGGACACAAGACCUACCCAGAUAGAAAACCAAGAAACUGGGGUUCUGAGGCAUCAUCUGAAUUCCUUCUAGAAGAGCCUCCACUGAUAUAGAGGGAGCUGAGGAGGUGGGCCCAGGUAGGGAUACUUUUAAAAUUGGAAGUGACUUGAGUAGGUUAAAUGAUGAAGGCAAGAGACAAAGCUGCCACAGGAUGAUGGAGUGGUUGAUGGAGCCAGGUGAGCCAGCUCAGUACCUGUUUCCAUGGUUACCUCUGGUGGGGGUGGGUCCACUCUGGCGCCGAUACAUCUCUGGAUCAGGGUUUCUGGAGGCCAGGGACUUUAACUGCCCCCCACAUCACGUCAGUGUCAGUGACAUCAAUGUCAGUGACCUCUCGUCAGUUAGAUGCGGUCAUUAUCAGAGUGGUGGUGGUGGUGGUUUAGUUGCUAAGUCAUGUCCGACUCUUGCAACCCCAUGGGCUGUAGCCUGCUAGGCCCCUCUCUUCAUGGGAUUCUCUAGGCAAGAAUACUGGAGUGGGUUGGCAUUUCCUUCUCCAGGAGAUCUUCCUGACCCAGGAAUCGAAUCCGGGUCUCGUGCAUUGCAGGCAGAUUCUUUACCAACUGAGCUACAAGGGAAGCCUCUGGUGGAGUUUAUUGAAUUCCAGUUAGGCACGGGACACUGUUCUAAGUGCUUCAUAUAGUUGGCAUAACAUUAUUUUCUUUGUUUCCUUGAUGAGGAAACUGAGGCACAGAGAGGGAAAGUCACCUACCCAGGGUCACACAGGAGGGGAAGAAGCAGACGUGGGAUGAGAAGACGGGCAGUCUGGGUUGGAGCUCCUACCCCCUGUGCCGCCCUGACCCUGACAUAGUGCUGCUCUUGCAUCUCGGACUCAGAACUCAGCCCUGACACGUUCUCACGUGCAGCGAGACGUCGUGGGAUGUAGCUGCUUCACCUGCUGCGUGUGGGUGGGGUCAGUGCAUGUGAGGGGAAAGAAUCCCCCCCAAAGCGCACAAGACCAGAGGAUGGCUCAUCGCUCUGGUUUCCUGCUAGCUAAAAUUUUGUAUCUAUUUGUGACUUGGG